GAGCUCAACAUUAAACAUAUCUGACGUCUAUAUCUCCAUCAUCAUCAUCAUCAUCAUCAUCGCCUCUCAAUGUCCAAAUAACUCUUUGCAUUUCCGUACUAGCGUUUUUUGCUUGAAAUUCGCGUUUUUCGUCUGUUUACCCUCUGAACGUCUUUAGGGAUCUGAAGUUUGCCUCAGUUUGCGCAACCGGUGUGUGAACUCACUCGAUCAAACAGCCCGAUCUGAUCGCUGUCCAGACGUGAUUGUUUGUUGACACCAGGGGAUUCAUAUGAGCGUGCUUCCGGUGAUCCGACCGCCGAGCCCCCUCCCGGGGUCGCAAGGCAUUUCCUUCCAAAUCCAGAUCGGGUUGAGCCGGGAACCCGUCCUGCUGGACUCCGGCGAGUUCAGCCUGGCGCAGGUCCGAGAGAUGGCAUGCUCCAUCGUGGACCAGAAGUUCCCAGAAUGUGGCUUCUAUGGGAUGUAUGACAAGAUUCUUCUUUUCCGUCAUGAUCCAAACUCUGAGAACAUUCUGCAGUUGGUGAGGUGCGCGGCGGAAAUUAUGGAAGGGGACCUGGUGGAAGUCGUCCUGUCAGCUUCAGCUACUGUAGAGGAUUUUCAAAUCAGACCUCACGCCCUGUUCGUUCACUCAUAUCGAGCUCCAGCGUUCUGCGAUCACUGUGGAGAGAUGCUGUGGGGUUUAGUGAGGCAGGGGCUUAAGUGUGAAGGCUGCGGGCUGAACUACCACAAACGGUGUGCCUUUAAAAUCCCAAACAACUGCAGCGGCAUCCGUAAACGACGACUAUCUAACGUGUCCCUCACCGGCCUGACCAACACUCGCUCUGUGUCUGCUGAACCGUCUCCCAGCACCUCUGAUGAAGCUUUACUGUCUCCUGUCAGUCCUAGCAUGGAGCAAAAAACUCCAUCAGACAUUUUUCCUGGAAGAGGCCGCUCCAACUCUCAGUCCUAUAUAGGUCGGCCAAUAGAGUUAGACAAGAUCCUGCUGUCUAAAGUGAAGGUGCCACACACAUUUGUCAUUCAUUCCUACACACGCCCCACCGUUUGUCAGCACUGCAAGAAGCUCCUCAAGGGUCUGUUCCGUCAGGGACUACAGUGCAAAGAUUGCAAAUUCAACUGCCAUAAACGAUGUGCACCCAAAGUGCCAAACAACUGCCUUGGAGAGGUGUCAAGAAACGGAGAUCUGUUGAGUCCUGGUGCUGAAUCAGAUGUGGUCAUGGAAGAGGGUUGUGAUGACCAUGACGGGGACAGACAUAGUCCACUUAUCGAUGACAUGGAAGAGUCUCUGGUUGUAGACUCCGCUGCUCUUUUGGAAGCUGGGCAUGGUGAGCUGGGAGAUUUCCAAGACCAAGACCCAGAUGAAUCCAACAGAAUCAUCAGCCCUUCCACCAGCAACAACAUCCCACUUAUGCGAGUGGUUCAGUCUGUCAAACACACCAAGAGGAAAAGCAGCAAUGUUAUGAAAGAAGGCUGGCUUGUGCAUUUCACCAGCAAAGACACAUUGCGUAAGAGACAUUACUGGCGACUUGACAGCAAGUGUAUUACCCUGUUCCAGAAUGACACUGGGAGCAAAUACUAUAAGGAAAUUCCUCUAUCUGAGGUACUGUCUCUGGAACCAGCGAAAACAUUCAACCUUCUGCCUGAGGGUGCCAACCCACAUUGCUUUGAGAUCACCACAGCAUCUCUGGUGUACUAUGUGGGAGAAAACCUGGCUCGAGCCGACAGGGGAACACCGGGCUACGGAAGCAGCGUGCUUAUUAGCGGCGUGGGACAGGACGUGGCCCGCAUGUGGGAGAUGGCCAUCCAGCAUGCACUUAUGCCUGUCAUCGCCAAGGGCAUAUCUCACGGCGGCCAUCACAGCCACCACAGUAUGAACUUCAUGGUGAAACAUUUAGGGGCUCAUGCGAAGACCCUUAGAAUGUUUCUAGGGGGGAAAACACAACAAAUACAGACAUGCAGCGAUAUUAGCACAGUGUAUCAGAUUUUCCCUGAUGAAGUACUUGGCUCUGGGCAAUUUGGCAUUGUCUAUGGAGGAAAACACAGGAAAACAGGCAGAGAUGUUGCCAUCAAGAUCAUAGAUAAACUGCGAUUUCCCACCAAACAGGAAAGUCAGCUGCGUAAUGAAGUUGCCAUUCUCCAGAACCUCCACCAUCCCGGCAUUGUCAACCUUGAGUGCAUGUUUGAGACACCAGAGCGUGUCUUUGUUGUCAUGGAAAAGCUCCAUGGCGACAUGUUGGAGAUGAUACUGUCAAGUCAGAAGGGGAGGCUGCCAGAACGCAUCACCAAGUUUCUCGUUAUGCAGAUUCUCAUCGCUCUCCGCCACCUUCACUUCAAAAACAUUGUUCACUGUGACCUCAAACCUGAGAAUGUUUUGUUAGCCUCCGCUGACUCUUUUCCACAAGUGAAGCUGUGUGAUUUCGGUUUUGCACGUAUUAUUGGUGAGAAGUCUUUUAGGCGUUCGGUGGUAGGCACCCCGGCAUACCUCGCCCCGGAAGUGCUUCGGAACAAGGGCUACAACCGCUCGCUAGACAUGUGGUCGGUGGGUGUCAUCGUCUAUGUCAGUCUCAGUGGAACCUUCCCCUUUAAUGAAGAUGAAGACAUUCAUGACCAAAUCCAGAACGCUGCUUUCAUGUACCCACCAAACCCCUGGAAAACAGUGACCCCACAGGGUAAGUUCUGGGUAGAACAGAUAGUAUAUGGCACAACCAUCAAUGAAUGUGGAAUGAAGAAGGACUACCAGAUGUGGCUGGACCUGCGGACUCUGGAGUGCAAAAUGCAGGAGCGAUAUAUCACCCACGAAAGCGAUGAUUUGCGCUGGGAGCGUUUUGCAGAACAAAAUGGCCUUCAGUACCCAGCCCACUUAAUCAACCCUCAUGCCGAUGUCUGUGAAGAGGCGGAGUCUGACGAGCUUGUGAUGGGCAUGCUCAGCGACAGAGUCAGUGUUCUGUAAAUUGCUGCCUACCCCUUUAAGGGCACAACAGCAGAACUCAAGCCAAAUGUAUAGGCUACUUCGAAAUCACCACUUUAGCCAACUGUAAAUGCCUUGACAAUUUAUAAAAAAAGUACUGCACAAUUCCAUUUAACAGUACACUACAGAACAAGCACAAAUUUCACUAUACACACAGUGCCUAAGCCACAAAAGCCAAUCUAGCCAUACAUACAAAAACAAUCAUACUGUAUAAUAACACAUAAAAUCUAACAAAAAAACUGCACUUAAACUACUAUAAACAAACAUAACUUACAUGCUCCUUUUGUUCUUAAGGAAUUUGGAGCUUAAC